CGGACUUUGAAUAUGCUGAAAGUGCACUUGCAAAAACUUGCGUGAUGGAAUUCCUUUCUUUAGUCAAGAAUAAGUUUAGAAAAAAAAAAGAUGUCUAUGAAGAAGCUGCAAUCCGAGAUUGAUAGGUUAUUGAAAAAAGUGAGUGAGGGUGUGGAGACAUUCGAAACCAUCUUUGAUAAAAUCCACCAUACCAAUAAUGCCAAUCAAAAAGACAAAUAUGAACAAGACUUGAAAAAAGAAAUCAAGAAGCUUCAACGGCUUCGCGACCAGAUCAAAACAUGGCUCGCCAACAAUGACAUCAAGGACAAAAGAGCCCUUUUAGAAAACCGCAAGUUGAUCGAGGCACAGAUGGAACGAUUUAAACAGAUUGAAAAGGAAAUGAAGACAAAGGCUUAUUCAAAAGAAGGCCUUCUUCAACGAGAACGACUUGAUCCAAAAGAAAAAGAAAAAGCUGACUGCUGUGAAUUCUUAAAUAACGCUGUGGACGAGUUGUCUCGACAGAUUGAGACAGUUGAAUUCGAAAUUGAACAAUUGGAAGGUGCAGGCUCUAAGCGUGGAAACAAAAAGCAAGACCAUCAGCGAGCAGAGCGUCUAAGUGAACUUGAACAUUUGAAUGAGCGUCGAAAAUGGCAUAUCAAUCGCUUGGAAUUGAUGCUUCGACUGUUGGAAAAUGACCAUUUGGCAGCUGAUCGCAUUCAGGAAUUUAAAGAUGCUAUUCAGUAUUAUGUUGAGUGCAAUCAAGAACCUGACUUUGAAGAAGAUGAAGGCCUGUAUGACGAUUUGGAUUUGGAGAAAGAAGAAGAACUCUAUGCUAUUCGAACAGAUGAAUUUCAUAAUAAAUCAGAUUCUGAACAAGAAGAAAGAGAAGAAGAACAACAACAAGAACAACAGGAAGAAAAGCAUGUCGCUUCUUCUGCCACUAGUCCAGCUAAAUCAAACAAUACAAAACCAACACAACAAGCAGAAACGAGCACGAAACCACCAGUGCAGAAAAAAGAAGAAGAACAAGAAAGUACUGCUUCACCUGCUUUAAGUACCAAAGAAGUGGUUUCUGUCUGGAAUGAACCACCCAAGAUUGUAGAGCAAUCAAAACCAGACAUGCAACUGCCUUCUUCACUUGUCGAUUUAGCACCUUCAUUUGAGUCGAUAAAGAACAGGAAACAUGACAUUCAAUACACACAUCAAAUGUUGGAUGCCAGCCUUCAACAUGUACCUGACUUGAUUGAUUCUGAGCGACCCAAAGUAUACCAACCACGCAAUCCAUUCUCAACUCCCAGCUAUUAUCCUCAACAACCAUUGCUCAUCUUUGAUAAUCCCAUGUUGUUUGACAAGUUUGAUAUGGAUACACUCUUUUAUAUCUUUUAUUAUCAGCAAGGCACUUAUCAGCAGUAUUUAGCUGCAAAAGAACUCAAGAAGCAAUCAUGGCGUUUCCAUAAAAAAUACUUGACUUGGUUUCAACGUCAUGAAGAACCUAAAGUGAUUACUGAAGAUUAUGAACAAGGAACCUACAUCUACUUUGACUAUGAAGGUGCUUGGUGUCAACGUAAAAAGACUGAAUUCAGGUAAGCACUUAUAUUCGCGUGUUUUACAUACUCACUUAGUUUAGAUUUGAAUAUCGUUAUUUGGAGGAAGCCUAAAUAAAAUAAGUAUAGCUAAUGAAAGUAUUCUUUAAGCAUCAUCAAGAGUAACAGUUUGGAAUCACUAAGGAAGCAAUACAUGAUUUGAGUCUUCAUGGGAGGCUUAAAAAGUGAAUGAUCUUUUUUUGAGAUAAAGAUGCCUAGCUCAUUUCUGUUUUUUCUUUAAUGGUGGACUUUAGGCUACUGCAAGCCUCUUGAUGUCAACUAUAUCAUGAUAGAUGUGGCACUACUUGGUACAUCUAAGUUGGACAUCAUCUCUUGUAUAUUUUUACUCCCAAUGUCAAAACAUAGACAAUCUCUGAG